GUCCCUUGUAAUCAUUUAGGAGCACUAUUGUUUGUCCAUGGAUCCUCUCAGCGCUCUACGUGCAACUUACUACAUCGUUCUCUUUGGUAUUGAACUGGAUCAAGUCCCACUAGAAGUCAAAAACAGCUUGGAACUUGUACGUACCUGCCAUACCGACUUGCAAUAUCUUAUCGAAAUCCGCAACGAGUUGCUGCCCCUUCUUCAGAGACGUCCCAAAGUUCUCGAGCGCGUCAACAGCAUCGUCGAAACAACCCACAAGGGCCUGGUUGAGGUCUGUGAGAUCGUGGAAAAAAGUCGUCCUCGGUUGAACAAUGGAAGGACCCCGUUCAGGAGCAGGUUGUCCUGGAUUCUACUCGACUCCGCCCAGUUCAAAGCACAAAGACCGGUCAUCAGUCGGCACCACGCUUCUGUUCUAGCAGAAUUGAACUUCCUGCGACAGAUUGCGCUGCUCACACCGUCGCCUAAAAGUGUUAACAAAGGCGAUGAUGAUGGCACCAAAAAAUCGACGAUGUUGUUUGAUAACGUUGCACUCUUGGAGGACUUGAUUGGGAAGGCCAAUGUUUCAGGAUCCGCAAUCUCACCACCAGCUUACCCAAACGACAUCAAACCUCCCGAGCAAAGCCAACCACACGACUCAACAGCCAGCCGGACCCUCUUUGCUGUGCCCUCGAGGCCCUCUACCGUAUUCUCGACCCCGUCUCCUUCAUCGAUACCUCGAGACUGUCCCAAACUCCCCACUGAUUUUCUCUUUCCCUCAUUAUCAACAAUCAACAUCCCCGAGCACCUCCUCGACCAAACACGCGAUGCGCCGAGCGAAUCUGAAUAUGAAAAGACAGGGGGUGAAGUCCUAGAUUCGUCGGAUGGAGACGGAAUGUCACUUUUGUUCGGGGAUUACGCAAAUAUGACACCGAUAUUAUCAUCAACGCCGUCUGUGUCGAGCGUAUCUACAACCAUGUCACCAUGGCCCCCCGGCGCUGAUCAUCUGUAUCGACCAGCCUCUGUGGUGUCUUCUCUAUCGUCUUUGCGCGGAACGCCUGAGUUCCCCAACUCGGAGACCACAUUGGGGGAUCGAUCUACUUCGGCAAGGUCUUUGGAAGAUAGAGCCCAUGAGCAUCAAUCGGAGGAGCUCCAUCGUCGGAAUAUGGAUAGCCCGUCUGUUCCAGGCAUGGUUAGCCACGCGAUAUCAUCACGAAGCAUUUCAACUACAUCCUCAAAUCCCACACCUGCGCCGUCUUUGGUGCGUCAAUUCCGCGCGUGGUCAUCGCCGUCGUUUUCGCUGUUAGGCCAACACAGGCGCAAGGCUUCUUACCAGUCCAGCACUCCAAAUACAUCACCAUCAGAUACAACGGAGGACUCAAAGGUUACAUCUCCUAGCUUCAUUCCUCCAGAUGCUCAAUUCGGUCAACACGUCGUCUCAAAUGGCCGUUUCCGCGCAUAUAGUCGCGGGAUUCGCAACGACGCUGCCACUAGGCGUCCCACCUCUCCGUCUCGACUCCGUCGGCUAGAUGAGCAGGCAGUCAUUACGGACUUCGCGUACGAAGAGCGGUCAUUGCGAUCACAGGCCCAUAAGCCUUGUGACAACCGGGAAAGACCUCCUCACCCGCUUUCGCAAGCUAUAUCUGAAUAUUCUCUCCGGGGAGGCCAGAUACCACAAACCAGAGAUGAUAUAGUACCUCAGCAAGAGCCUGGGCAAGCCCGAGUUUUUGAGAUGAUGGGCUCGAUUCCAGACUUACAUCAACUCGCCAACUAUCAACGUCCAAUCAACCAGAGGCAGUUCGUUGAGGACACGUCGCCAAUGGCCAGUAAGGAGAAGCAGGGAUCAACGUCCUUCCCUUCUGACCCGGGGGUGUUUGAGCUGCCGUAGGGCCCUGGGUACGAAUACCAAUGCCCUACAUAGUC